AUUUUAUAUAGAAAGGGUGAAUAUGUGAUUGAAUCAUUUAUAAACUCGUUGUGAUCCAGGAGGCACUUGAAAGGGUAAGACGCCGACGCCCACUUAUCCACCGCCUCCGCCGACGAUUGAGUUAAUCUAAUCUCCACGAAGCGGCGACUGCGCUGCCCCAGCUAAAUUGUUAGCUACCGGCGGGACGCCUCAAUCAGUAAACACUCGCCCGAAGACGCUGCCGGACGUCCCAAUCCAAACCGAUUCAGAGAUCCCCUAGUCCGACGAACAAAUACCAGAAUGGUGGCCCCCUCGAAACUCAGCCAGGUGCUGAGCUACCAGAACUUCGUGCAUGCCGUCUCCGGAGCCGCGGGUGGCUGCAUAGCGAUGAGUACCUUCUAUCCACUGGACACGGUGCGCUCCCGCCUGCAACUGGAGGAGACUGGUGAGGUUCGGAGUACCAGGCAGGUCAUCAAGGAAAUAGUACUAGGCGAGGGAUUCCAGUCUUUGUACCGCGGUCUUGGUCCUGUUCUCCAGAGCCUGUGCAUUUCGAACUUUGUCUACUUCUACACAUUCCACGCACUCAAGGCCGUGGCCUCGGGUGGUUCUCCCUCCCAGCACAGUGCACUGAAGGAUUUGUUCCUGGGCAGCAUUGCGGGUAUAAUCAAUGUGCUGACCACCACACCAUUUUGGGUGGUCAACACCCGGUUGCGUAUGCGCAAUGUGGCUGGAACCUCGGAUGAGGUAAACAAGCACUACAAAAACCUGCUGGAGGGUCUCAAGUACGUGGCCCAAAAGGAGGGCAUCGCCGGCCUGUGGUCCGGUACCAUUCCCUCGCUGAUGCUGGUCUCCAAUCCUGCCCUGCAGUUCAUGAUGUAUGAGAUGCUCAAGCGCAACAUAAUGCGUUUCAACGGCGGCGAGAUGGGUAGCCUGAGUUUCUUCUUCAUCGGUGCCAUCGCCAAGGCCUUCGCCACGGUGCUGACCUAUCCGCUGCAGUUGGUCCAGACCAAGCAGCGCCAUCGCAGCAAGGAGUCGGAUUCAAAGCCCUCCACUUCGGCGGGAUCCCAGCCACGUACCGAGAGCACGCUGGAGCUGAUGAUCAGCAUACUGCAGCACCAGGGUAUCCGUGGACUGUUCCGCGGCCUGGAGGCCAAGAUCCUGCAAACCGUGCUCACAGCCGCUCUGAUGUUCAUGGCCUACGAGAAGAUAGCCAGCACUGUAGUCAUGCUCCUUAAACGCAACUAAAUAGAGGCUCUAGUCUACAUGUAGUUUUACUCAACUAACCCUAAUCUAUGCUAACACAAACAAACACAAUCUAACUUAGGAUAUGGCCAUCAUAGCAGAUUCUCCAAAGUUUAGCCGCUAAGCGUCAAUGGAUAAAAGAAACGAUUGUUAACGAAUGAAAAUAAUAACUGGAUCGUUUUAUUCA